AUGUCAGGCCCAACAAACUCAUCUGCUGUUGGUAAGCUAAGAACCGGCGCUACUAUCCCUCUGUUGGGAUUCGGCACUUGGCGCUCGACCGAGGAGGACGGCUACAACGCGGUCCUGACGGCGCUCAAGGUCGGCUACCGCCACAUCGACACAGCGGCCGUUUACGGCAACGAGGCUGCGGUCGGUCGGGCGAUCCGCGACUCCGGCGUCCCCCGUGACCAGUUGUUCGUCACCACCAAGCUGUGGAACACUCAGCACCGCGACCCUAGACUGGCGCUGGACCAGUCCCUGCAGCGCCUAGGCCUCGACUACGUAGACCUAUACCUGAUCCACUGGCCACUGCCUUUGCGCACGCAGCGCAUCACGGACGGCAACCUGUUCACCGUCCCCACCAAGGAGGACGGCAAGCCCGACGUCGACGAGCAGUGGUCUUACGUCAAGACCUGGGAGAUGAUGCAGGACCUGCCCGACACCAGCAAGACUCGUGCCGUGGGUGUGUCCAACUUCUCUGUCACCCAGCUGCAGAACCUGCUCGCCGCUUCCGGCACCAAGGUUAUCCCAGCCGUCAACCAGGUCGAGACUCACCCUCUGCUGCCCCAGGACAAGCUCUACAAGUUCUGCUCCGAGAACAACAUCCUGCUCGAGGCCUACUCGCCUCUGGGCUCCCAGGGCUCGCCUCUAGUUGAGGAGCCAGCGGUCAAGGAGAUUGCCUCCAAGCACAACGCUGAUCCAGCCCAGGUUCUAAUCAGCUGGGGUAUCAAGCGCGGCUACGUGAUCCUGCCAAAGUCCGUGACCCCAAGCAGAAUCGAGUCCAACUUCAAGAUCGUCGACCUCACUGACGACGACUUUGCCAAGAUCAACAACAUUCACAAGGAGAAGGGGGAGAAGAGAAUCAACGACCCUGACUGGUUCCACUUUGACGAGAACUAG